GUUUAUUCAAUUGUAUUUUGUGGGCUACAAUGACUGCUGAUAGAAGAAAGGCAUCUGGCACCACAGAUACUGCUCCUUUGCAGAGCUUGGUUGUCAAUGUGAAUGAGGAGACAAGAUACUUUCAGUCUUAUCCGCAGAAACUUAGUCGCUGCAAACACUGACUAAAUCUCACUAGCUCAGUCACCUCGUGAUUCAUAGCGAUGGUUCGGGUGCCACGUAUCCCCAGCUGCAUUAUCCUCACCUAACUAAUCGCUGCCAUCCGCCUAAACAUGACUAGGGGAUUCAUUCAGGCUGCAAGACGGCUAGUAAUUCUGGCGUUACGGUGUCUGAGAGCCCGCGUUUUUCGUUCGUUUUUCGAUGACGACAUUUUCAUGUCCUGCUCGAACCUCAUGGAAACCGAGCACUUUGCCAAGCUUGCUACUUGUAUGGGCGCUGGCAGUGGCUAGAUUUUUGGA